GCUCCACGGGACAGAUGGCAGUGAAAUAGGGAUCAGUGAUCGAUUGGUCGUGAAUAUUUAGAAGUGAAAAAUAAGUGAACAGAAAAUCGAUGGAUCAUCCGCGUAGGAAAAGCAGAAAAAGUUUUACCCCAACAUAUCGGAUAGACACGAUUAUCGGAUUUUAAGUGUUUUGUGCGGGAUAAUUGGUUUGAUAAAUUCACGUGAAUUGAGACCGGCUGAUUGGAAAAGAUGCUAAUCGCAAAUUCGAUUUGGAAGUUCUGUGCCGUGUGGAUGGUGGCGAAUGUCGGCCUGGCCGUUGUUGGGGACGAAGAUUUCAGGAUGAUAAACCUUUUCGAGGAGGUGGAAAAGGAUGAAAAUUACUCACGUAUCAGUGGGAACGUGGCAAGUGAGCGAAGUUCCGUGGAAUGUGGAGGAGUUUUUAAACGACUGCAGAAUGAAAUUGCUUCCCCUGGAUAUCCGGGAAAUUAUGAUAAUAACUUGCGAUGCGAGUACACGUUUAAGUCGCCGUACGUUUGCAACAGCCAGUAUCAUGUUCAGUUUUUAGAUUUUGCGUUAGAACAUUCGCGAGAUUGCUACAAAGAUCGAUUGGUUAUCGGAAAUGAGGAAGAGCUGUGUGGAACCGUACUUGGUUCGAAGAGGUAUAACUCAACCAAUGGCAUACUCAAAGUCAAGUUCGUAACUGAUGGAUGGAAGGCUGAGCGAGGUUUUCGGAUCAUCGUUACAAGGCAGCCUUGUGAAGAUAAUGAGGUAGCUGAGUCCUCUACUAGUUACACCGUUUAUACAACUAUCCAGGUUUCAGACGAGACAACUGAACCGACCACUGUUCCUGAAGAUCCUUAUUUUCCUCAGAAAACUUUCCAAGUGAGCAAUCGUCAAGAUAUUCCUCCGGACUUUAAUCCUGGAACGACUGGGUAUCUUCCACCCCCAACUCCAAGUCCAUGUCCUCAGAACGUUUGUCCACAACAAUGUCCUUUUUACCCAAAUUGUUACCCAGGGUAUCCAAGUUACCCUCCAACUACUUCAAAUCCUGUAAACCCCUGCUAUCCAGGAAGCUCAUAUCCACCAUACCCUAACUACCCCAUGCCAUACCCAUCACCUUAUCCAAACUACCCUGGAUAUCCAUCUUCGGGAACUCCUUCUUACCCAGGCAGUAACUACCCAACAAACCCGGGAUACCCAUCGAAUCCCAACAUUCCCAAUAAUGGAGGAGGUACAAACUCACUCGGCGGAUAUCCUCCCGGAUACUUCCCAAACCGGGAUUCAGAACUUGAACUAGACGAUUCUUACAAUUCAAGCCAUCCUCAAAGGCAGGACAUUCCACCUCCGCCCGUUCUUCCGGGACCCGUCUUACCAAAUCUGCCUCAAUGCUGUCGCAACAUUUUCACCCAACGAAGAUUCUACUUGGUUAGCCCUGGAUUCCCCAGCAAUCAGAACCCUACCGCCGACUGUAUCUACCAAAUCUACCGGUCUCCGAACGCUUGCCGCCUCACAAUCUCCUUCAAAUUCUUCAACCUUGGCAACGAACCUCUCGGCUGUUCGGACGGCUUCCUAGAAAUCGACGGUCGAAGAAUUUGUGGUUGCCGAACCGGUCUCACCUACACCAGCCAGUGGGGACCCUAUCCGAAGGUGAUCCGCGUCUUCAGCAGACCUGCUCGUUAUCCGGACGUGCGAGGUUAUGUUCUAGACAUCGCGCAAGAGACUUAUCCCUAUCGAUACAUCCAGAAGCGUUCCGAUAACUCCUACCAAGUACCAGCGCAUCCAGUUAACGUCACUACCGUUGAGACCAAGAGCACCAACUCCCGAUACACCUACUAUUUCUACAAAGACGAUGCUGAACAACAACCGGAAGAGCAACUCAGACCCGAGGAGACCAAAACGAUCCUAGCUCACAAACAAGUGGCGGACCAUCCGGUAGCGAGGUUCUUCUACCCAAAUAACCCUUAUCCGACUGGGGUUUGUCAGUUUACUGGUCUCGAUUGGUUACGGCUGAAGGUGGAAUCACUGUGGGUAUCGAAGCCCGGAUGCUACUGAGAUGUAGUGGUUAGAGAAAUAAAUG